AUGCAGGCUAGCAGCGGCGUUCAAGUAGAGCCGGCAGCCAAUCGGCCCGUCUCGCGCUUACCUACCCUCUCAACCGAAAUCCUCGACUUGAUCGCUUUCCAUGUAGGCAGGAGCACGUACGGCGAAGAUAGCCGCCGCGACCUCCGAAGCCUUCUCUUCACGAGCAGGGCAUUCGUAUCGUCCUCCCUGCGUGCGCUCUACCGCGAACCGCUAUUCGCCCGCGACGAAAUGCCAUACGGCAGUCGUAACAGGAGCAAACCAUACACGCUGAGGAACGGCCUCGUCAAGUACCCCGAAUACGCUCGCGCGGUCCGCGACCUCUCGACGCUCCACUUCAGUGUCAAGAGCAUGCUCAGGAGCCCGACGACCGCCUACUCGAGCGCCAUCGACCAAGCCGUCGAGCCGUGGUCGUGGCAGGAGGACCUCGUCCGCCUCUGCACGGGCGCGACAAAGGUCGGCGUCCUUCUGCGCGAUGCAGAGUACGCCGCUAGCAUCGGCAAGCACCUUCAGGGUCGCCCGAUGCUCGCCCACAUCCGCGUCUCUUUCCCGACGACUAUUUCGCGACACUCGAUCCACCCCGUUCUCCGCGACUUUGCGAAAGGACUCGGCGGCGUCUCGAUGCCGCGCAUCGAUCACGUCGAGAUCACGCCAGGCGCCAAGUGCCACGUCGGAGGCAGCAAGAAGCCUCACUACAACGUGCGGGGACUCACGUUGAACCUCCGAACCUCGUGCUUCUGCACGGCCGCAUCACUCUUCCCAAAGAAAUUGUGGACGAUGCGCAUCCUCGAACUGGGCGGCGGGCCGUGCGAGAACAUAUCGCCCGACUUGCUCGUUCAGGCGCUCAAGGGCAACGCCUUGACGGAGAUCACCUGGACAAGCGGGACCUACAACUCUGGCGCCGAUGGCCCGAAGGAGGAGUACCAGGAGUUCUGCAGGGGUCAGGUCCUCCCGAAGGCGUUCUUCGGCCUUUUCCCGCGUCUCCAGCGCCUCAGCCUCACGACCGUCAAAGAGAUGGACGUGGAGAAACUCUCGACUCUCGCCGAAGGAUCGCCCGGCCUCCAACAUCUCGCCUUGAACCGCAGCUACUGGUCCUUCACCCAUACCGACUUUGACAACGCCCAUCCAAGCCUCUCGCCGGCGGAGACGGGCAUCGUCGGCGCUCUCGACCGCUUCAAGAAGCUCAAGAGCGUCAACUUGGGCAUCCUUCCUUUCACCAACGACCACAAUCUCUCGCGCAAGCACGACAAGAACUGCCGCUGCGGUCUCCGACAGUACGCCAAGAGCCGCAAGCUCAAGCUCGUCUUUGAGGGAUGUCCGUCGAUGGAGGAACUCGAGGCGGAGGAAGAGGGCUUGUACUAUCUUCACAGCGACUUGGACUCAGAUGGGUAUGACUCGGACGGUUUCCCGUACGCCUCGGACGGGUACGAGGUGGACUCGGACGGUAUAGGGCACGGUAGGGGCGGGUGGUUCAUCGGCGACGGAAUCCUCUAG